UUACAGUUUGAGGCAUUGAAGAAUUGAAUGCAACUUGGCGUGGCGUUACGGAAUUAACCACCGUUGAAGCAGCCAUGGCGAUUUGGUUUCUUUCAUUGCCUCAAGCGUCUAAAUUUCAUGCUGGUGUGAGUAAAUAUUGUUUUUACAGUUUGAGGCAUUGAAGAAUUCAAUGCAACUUGGCGUGGCGUUACGGAAUUAACCACCGUUGAAGCAGCCAUGGCGAUUUGGUUUCUUUCAUUGCCUCAAACGCCUAAAUUUCGUGCUGGCCGUUGGUGACCACCUUUUCUAUAAAUUGGGACCCCCUCUCUUCACUUUUACACACACAAACACAAAUUCCUUCAAUAUCUUCACAUAUUUCAUCCUCUAAACUCUUUUUUUUUGAGAUUUCUUCACUAUGGGCAAAGACAAGAACAGGGCAGGCACUUCCGGAAAAUCCAAGUCCAAAUCCCGGGCUCCAUCCACGACCUCCGAAGAACGCCUCUACUACGGCGAUGGGUCGUACCUCUGGUUCGAUUCCGAGGAGGAGCGCACCCGAUUUCUCACCUUUUUCUCCAAACGGGUUGUGGCUCCCCCACGAAUCAUCCCGGAGCGCUACCCGGAAUUGGAGGGCUACGACGACCUCGAUGCGCAGCUCCAUCAAGCCGGCCUUUGGCCGUUCGUCUCCCGGGCACGCAAGGAGUUCAACCCGGCGCUGAUCCGGGCCUUCUACUCCAACCUCCGGCGUGAGGAUGACGUGCUCUACUCGCUCGUCAAGAGCACGCCGAUCGAGCUCACCGUGGAGCAGCUUGGGCGCAUCGCCGGCCUCCCCUUCCAAGGCGACGAUGUGUCUCACUAUGGUGGAGAGGAUUGGGUGCUCAACAACGAGGGCCUUAUCCUCAACGAGCUUGGCAUCACCGAGCUCAAACGCCAUGCCUCGGGAUGCCCAACCAUCCACUCCGCCAACCCCGAAGGCCGCCUCGUCCUCUACAUCGUCUCCCGGAUCAUCAAACCGAGGAAGCACGGCCACACCAUCAUGCACGGGGAAGACCUCAAGCUCAUCCAUGCGAUCAUGCAUUCGGCCCCAAUCAAUUGGGCAAAGUUUGUCAUGAUCAACAUGACGAUCGCCGCGUCCACCGACCACGAUCACCUCCUCCCGUACCUGUUUUUGGUGAUGGACAUCCUUGAACGGUUCAAGGUAACCACCACCGUUGGCCCGCUCACGAAGGCCACGAAGAUUUGGACAAUUAGUAACCAAACCUUCCUCAAGCGGUCGGACAACGCCGCGGCUGCCACUGCCGAGCCACGCCGCCCUGCCCCUACCGCUGGCCCAGCCGGACCCCAGGCCCGAGCCAACCUUGCCUCCAUCGCCGACUCCCUCAACCAGCUCCACCUCAAAGUUGAUGGGAUGGGGAGCUACCUCGAACGGCUCGACGUGGCUGUUCAACGCCAAGGAUACGCGAUGAACUCGUACUUCCAAGGCAUCAGCUACGUCCCCCCACCGUACCACGGCACGUUCUUUGGGCAAGUGUACGGUGACGAAGACGAAGCCGAUGACUCCUACGCCCCGUCAAGCUCCCCGGAUGAAGACGAGUUCGACGAUGCCAUCGAUGGGGAUGAGAUGGACGUCGACAACGACGAGGAGGAAACCGAAGACGAAGACUAGGACUCCCCUAAAAUUUCUAUCUCUUUUACUUUAAUUAUCCUGUUCUUUUUUAAUGCUUCCGUUGUAAUCCGCUAUUUCCCUUUAUUAAAUAAAAUCAUUUCGUUUAUCUUUUUGUUAAUGUCAAAAGGGGGAAGAAAAGGGCUAUGCAUAU